AAGAAGUUGUCGGACCAGUUUGUGGACUCCUGCAAUCUCAGUGUAGAGUCCAGACAGUUUAGAUAAGGCAGGGUAAACUGUGGAUGAGGGUGGCUUAGUGACCUCCUGAGAAGCCCGCAGAGCUCUUUGGAAAAGAAAGAUUGUGCUCUUCUGGGAUUAUACAAUCGAGUGAGAGGAAUUUGCUGCCCAUCUCCGGGACUGGGACAGGAUCAUUGUAGCCCGUUUGUCACAGGCUGGAGACCUCGCUGUCCCGGGAGCCUGUAGCCUUCUACCAUGUGUCUCUGUGCUUUGAUCCUGGUGUUGCUUGCAGUUUUCACAGCAGAGGCAAGACACCCGUCCUCACCACCUGUGGUGGACACUGUUCAUGGCAAAGUCCUGGGGAAGUACGUCAGCUUAGAAGGAUUCACACAGCCUGUGGCCGUCUUCCUGGGAGUCCCCUUUGCCAAACCUCCUCUUGGAUCCCUGAGGUUUGCUCCACCACAGCCUUCAGAUCCCUGGAGCUUCGUGAAGAACGCCACCUCCUACCCUCCUAUGUGCUCUCAAGAUUCAGAGACAGGGAAAAUAGUCCAUGACCUCCUAACCAACAGGAAAGAGAGCAUUCCUCUCCAGUUUUCUGAAGACUGUCUUUACCUAAAUAUUUAUACUCCUGCUGACUUGGCAAAGAGUAACAGGCUGCCGGUGAUGGUUUGGAUCCAUGGUGGUGGACUAGUGUUGGGUGGGGCAUCCACCUAUGAUGGACUAGCCCUGUCUACCUAUGAAAACGUGGUGGUGGUAGUCAUUCAAUACCGCCUGGGCAUUUGGGGAUUCUUCAGCACAGGGGAUGAACACAGCCGGGGGAACUGGGGCCACUUGGACCAGGUGGCCGCACUGCGCUGGGUCCAGGACAACAUCGCCAACUUUGGAGGGGACCCAGGUUCUGUGACCAUCUUCGGCGAGUCAGCAGGAGGUGAAAGUGUCUCUGUUCUUGUGUUGUCUCCCUUGGCCAAGAAUCUAUUCCACAAGGCCAUUUCUGAAAGUGGCGUGGCCCUCAGUGCGGGCCUGGUCAAGAAGAACACCAGGGCCUUGGCUGAGAAAAUUGUUGCUGCAUCUGGUUGUGAAAACACCACCUCAGCCACCAUGGUUCACUGCCUUCGCCAGAAGACAGAGAAAGAGCUCUUGGAGACCACACUGAAAUUGAAUCUUUUUAAGCUGGAUUUGCAUGGAGACUCCAGGCAGAGCUAUCCCUUUAUUCCCACUGUGCUGGAUGGAGUGGUGCUGCCAAAGAUGCCCAAAGAGAUCCUGGCUGAGAAGAGCUUCAACACCGUGCCCUACAUUGUGGGCAUCAACAAGCAAGAGUUUGGCUGGAUUCUGCCAACUAUGAUGAACUAUCCACCCUCUGACAUGAAAGUGGACCGGAUGACAGCCACAUCUCUCUUGAAGAAGUCGUCUUUUAUUCUUAACCUCCCCGAGGAUAAGAUUCCCAUGGCCGUUGAGUAUUAUUUAAGAGACACAGAUGACCCAGGCAGAAAUAAAGACCAACUUCUGGAGCUGAUCGGGGAUGUGGCCUUGGUUGUCCCAUCUGUGAUUGUCUCCCGUGGACAUAGAGAUGCCGGAGCUCCCACCUACAUGUAUGAGUUUCAGUAUCGUCCAAGCUUCUCACCAGAAAUGAAACCCAGCAAUGUGGUAGGAGAUCAUGGAGAUGAAGUCUACUCUGUCUUUGGUGCCCCGAUUUUAAGAGAAGGUGCUUCAGAAGAGGAGAUCAAUCUCAGCAAGAUGGUGAUGAAAUUCUGGGCAAACUUUGCUCGGAAUGGGAAUCCCAAUGGGAAAGGGCUGCCUCAUUGGCCAGAGUAUGACCAAAAGGAAGGGUAUCUGCAGAUUGGUGCCACCACCCAGCAAGCUCAGAGACUGAAAGACAAGGAAGUGACUUUCUGGACUGAGCUCCUGGCUAAGAAGCCACUCCAGACAGGACAUACUGAGCUGUGAAUGGGAGGCUCUGCCAGCAGCCUCAGAAGACCAGAGGAGCCCAAAUGAGGCUACUCCAAUGAAGGUGAUAUUGACCAAGGAUAGGCUAUUGGGGAGACUAGAGAAUUCUUAAGUGGGAGUGGAAAGAUGAUAUGGAGAUAUUUGCACAGAUUCAAUUUGGGAAAUAAAUGUUGUUUUGUAAAUCAAAUGAA